AUGGUUUCUACACCAGAACUCAAGAAAUAUAUGGAAAAGAAAGUUCUUUUACAACUAAAUGGUUCAAGGAAAGUGGCAGGAAUUCUAAGAGGAUAUGACAUUUUUUUAAAUGUGGUUAUAGAUGAUGCUAUUGAAAUUUCAAAAGACGGGACGAAUAUCCCAUUAGGUUCACAAACUGUAAUAAGAGGUAACUCUGUAGUAUCGUUAGAGGCAUUAGAUUCGAUUGCUUGA